CCGCCGCCGCGGGCCUCCCGAGCUCAUUUUUGCCUGGCUGGUCCCCGCUCCGCGCUCCCCAGUGUGGAGUGUCUGAGCCGUUGGCUGCUCCGAACCGUUUGGCUCUUUCCCUUAGUAACAGCUUUUCCCUUCUGCCUCAAUUCCUCUCCCCGCUCGCCCUGCCCCCGCGCGCCGCCUCCCCCCGCCGCCGGCCGCGUGCGCCCCCGCCCCUCCCCCCGCGGCGGGAGCACCUCCGCUCGCCACCUGGGGACCCGCGCCGCGCUCCCCGCCCCCGCCCGCCCGGCGCCCAUCCCCCGCGCCCUCCGCUCGCCGGGGUUAUAAUUGCCUCGCACCCCCCGGAGGGGUUAUUUUGGGGUGGUUGGAGGCGGCGGCGGCGAGGAGGGGAAUUUCCUUGCGCCUCCAUUCCCGGGAGGGGGGAGCGGCGUCGGAGGCCACCGUUUCCAGCAUCAGCAACAGCAACUUGUGAUUGGUGGCACCGGAUAUUCAGUUGUACAUCCCCACAUCAAUGCACUGCCAAUGGAUUUUCUCAUUCGGCGUUUACCUUUGGUAUAGAAAGCCAUAUCAGUCAAUCAAACAUAAAUGGUGCCCUUGUCCCACCUGCUGCAUUGAUUUCUAUCAUCCAGAAAGGUCUACAGUAUGUAGAGGCAGAAGUUAGUAUUAAUGAGGAUGGUACCUUGUUCGAUGGUCGACCAAUAGAGUCUUUGUCACUGAUAGAUGCCGUAAUGCCUGAUGUAGUACAAACAAGACAACAAGCGUACAGAGACAAGCUUGCACAGCAACAAGCAGCAGCUGCAGCAGCUGCCGCAGCUGCCACAAACCAACAAGGAUCUGCAAAAAAUGGCGAAAACACAGCAAAUGGAGAGGAGAAUGGGGCACAUACUAUAGCAAAUAAUCAUACUGAUAUGAUGGAGGUGGAUGGGGAUGUUGAAAUCCCUCCUAACAAGGCAGUUGUGUUACGGGGCCAUGAAUCUGAAGUGUUCAUCUGUGCCUGGAACCCUGUUAGUGAUCUCUUGGCAUCGGGGUCUGGAGACUCCACAGCAAGAAUCUGGAAUCUUAGUGAAAAUAGCACCAGUGGUUCCACACAGUUAGUACUUCGACAUUGUAUACGAGAAGGAGGGCAAGAUGUCCCCAGCAACAAGGACGUGACUUCUCUAGACUGGAAUAGUGAAGGUACACUUCUAGCAACUGGUUCAUACGAUGGGUUUGCCAGAAUAUGGACUAAAGAUGGUAACCUUGCUAGCACCUUAGGGCAACAUAAAGGCCCUAUAUUUGCAUUAAAAUGGAAUAAGAAAGGAAAUUUCAUCCUAAGUGCUGGAGUAGACAAGACAACCAUUAUUUGGGAUGCACACACUGGUGAAGCCAAGCAACAGUUUCCUUUUCAUUCAGCACCAGCAUUGGAUGUUGACUGGCAGAGCAACAACACCUUUGCCUCUUGUAGUACAGAUAUGUGCAUUCAUGUCUGCAAAUUAGGACAAGACAGACCUAUUAAAACAUUCCAGGGACACACGAAUGAAGUAAAUGCUAUCAAAUGGGACCCAACUGGCAAUCUCCUGGCCUCUUGUUCUGAUGACAUGACUUUGAAGAUAUGGAGUAUGAAACAAGACAAUUGUGUCCAUGAUUUGCAAGCACAUAAUAAAGAAAUUUAUACUAUCAAGUGGAGUCCAACAGGACCAGGGACAAAUAAUCCAAAUGCCAACCUUAUGUUAGCAAGUGCAUCCUUUGACUCUACUGUUAGAUUAUGGGAUGUAGACCGAGGAAUUUGCAUCCAUACCUUGACAAAACACCAAGAACCUGUGUACAGUGUAGCUUUCAGUCCUGAUGGCAGGUAUCUGGCAAGUGGGUCUUUUGACAAAUGUGUGCACAUCUGGAACACACAGACGGGUGCUCUAGUUCACAGCUAUAGGGGAACAGGUGGGAUCUUCGAAGUUUGCUGGAAUGCAGCAGGAGACAAGGUUGGAGCCAGUGCGUCAGAUGGCUCAGUUUGUGUAUUAGACCUUCGGAAAUAGCGCUACUAGUUGGAAGCCAUGGACCGACUAUGAAUGUGUACAUAGCCAAAAUGACUGUCCCUGACCCAUGUACUGCUAUCGUCCCACUUGAACCAUGGCCAGUCCACUACAGCCAAAUCUAAAAGAAGUAUAUACACAAAAUUGCACCCUGAAGAUGGCAGAAUUUUGUCACAGCUUGUGAAUUCUGUUCACCAAGUGCUGGAAUCUAAUCUGCUGUGCCCCUAAAAUAGCAUUUAGAAGUUUUGGAUAUGAAAAACAGAAGAAAGAAAUAUGCAUUAUAAAAGCAGACCAUACAUGUACCAGUUUUUGGAUACUGAUGACAGCCUUGUUUCUCCCCUUUGAAUCAGCAGACACCAUGGAUUAUAUUCUUUUCUUUCCUUCAAUAGUUGAGCAGUUUGUAUGUACAGAGAAAAUGGACUUACAAAAACUUGCAGCAGUAGUUUGUUCUUGCUUUUAAACUUUUAUUUUUGGUUUAGUUUAUGAAUGCAUGAAGUAAGGGAGUGAAUCAGUUUCUUGUUUAUAUUUUUUUCACCAUUUACAAAAAUUAUUAAAAAAAAAUAUUUUAAUGCGUUCUUUUGAAAAGAUAAAUGUUUGGUACCUUUUAUGGCUCCCAGAGCAUAUAUUCAAUUGGUGCAUGUUGUGGAAGGAGAAAUUGGAAAUUAAUAAAAAUAUAUGACUUUGGUCAUGUCAAUCUGUAAGACACAUCAGUAAAAGGGUAUUAUGCUCUGUUUUUUUGUUUUGUUUUGUUUCAUUUUGUUUUAUUUUGUGAUGUGGCUUAAAUGCAGUAGUUUCUAUUUGGGGACAUAUUUCUGCCAAUUAAAGACUAGGAGGGCACAAAUUUUUUUAAAAAAAUACCAUAGAGAAGAUGCAAAAAAAAAAAGUCUUCUGAUGUUUUGUAGCCAUAACUAAAUUAUGGUUAAAAUGUGCACUAUUGUAAAAGGAGCAAAGUAGGUUUGGGGUUUUUGUUGUUUGUUUAUUUGUUUGUUUUGCUUUGUUUUUUAAGAGAUUAAAAUGUUUCUGGAUAAGGAUUAGCUUCUCAAAAGUGUCCAUCAUUCUGUGUAGAAGCUUAAAUAUGUAAUAUAACCAAACUCCAGUAUUAAAAAUCUCUCGUGUAACUUUUCUUUAUACAAAGCAAGAUAACGGCAUAUAACACUGCCAUUACGUGGCAAAAUGUUAGCUAUCUUAGUUUAAAAACAAUCUUUAAAACAAGACUUGCUUCAAGGUGUUUUUAAAUAGCAGUGAUUCCUAUUUUCUUUUUUAAAUGUAUACUUGCACUAACUUCCCUGCUGCUCUGAUUCUGCAUUUGUGGUACUUGUGACUACAUUUUUCUUCAAAUAUAGAUAGAUUUAAGCUGCUAUUUUUUUUUUUUUGUCAGUAAUCACUACUAUAUCAUGUCUUUUACUAUGUUUAUGAUAUCAAGUAUUUUCUUAAGGAUGUAGGUAUCAGAUCAAAUCUCCUCUUGUGCUCAUGCAACUAAAAGCAAAAAUUUAGAGAAUUGACAAAUGAUAGCAUGGGGCUAUGUUCAUAUGUGUGAUUAACAAGUUUGUUUUGAUUAAGGUGAGAAGCCAGAACUGUCAGUUUUGAAGAGAACAGUUGUCAAAUUUAUCUCUCAGAUUUUAAUUAAGGAAUCGCUUAGCAAAUUUGUAACACUAUUUCCAUUACUAAAUAUUUUGAGGCCUUUACUACUAAAAUUUUAACCUCUGUUUUAAGUACAAAGUGAUUUAGUCCAAGUAAUGCAGCUUUGAUUUUCAGCAUUUGUUGUUUUGCUAUAUUUACAUAAGAGCAUUGAUUGAAGCAAGUCUUGGUUUUACUAAGGUAGGAUAGCAUUUGCUAUUGUUAAAGAAAAUAAAUACACUUAAUUCCAUAAUACAUUGUUAUAUGUACCCCAGUUGUUGUUAGUGGGGACUAUGAUACUGUAAUAAUAUUUUUAAAAAUUUACAUCCAGAGAGGCAGUCAUUUAUGAUGGUUUUGUGCCAGCUGUUUUUAGGGUUUGGAUCACAUUAUACAUACUUAGAACUAUUACCCUGUGACUUAUGUAGGAAACCUAAUAUGCUGAGUAUCUGGCACUUGAAAUCCUGCUUUUAUUGCUGGAGGUCCACAUCUGUGGUAAACCUCUGUUGUUGUUUUAAAAAAAUAAAUAAAAAUAAAAAAAAUCUGUGCAAUAAUUUUUAAAUGUGCUCCCAGGAAUAGACACAAAUGUUUUACGUAUGUUUAAGCUGCAUUUUCCUUUAGCGAUGCAUUUGUCAAUUGCACUGAAUUUAAAUCUGAAAGUCAGAGGUGAUUAUUGAUAGUACUUUUGUAUUUUGAUAUUGACAGUUUAUUCAUUUGCAUACAGUUAUUGACUUUCCCCCCCAGCUAAUUAAAAGAUGGUCAAGUAGUUCUGCAGUAUAGCUGCCAAAAUAGACAGCUACAUUUUUAUGGUAUUGUCAUCUUUUCUGUUUCUUUUCUUUUUUUUAAUUUUUUUUAAUUUUUAGCUGUUUUACUUAAGCAUAAUAGCCACAGUAGAACAUAUGAAAGAUUAUAAAUACAGAGCUUUAUUAUCCUGAUGUCUUGGGUCUUUUAAGUGUAAACUAUCUGGAAGGUAUCCAUUUUGUAGGCUUGGGUUCUUCGUGAGCAUACAAUUGUUUAUUUUUGCUGCUGUUCUCAACAUCAUCAUUGCCUGCUGAUGUGCCACGAUGCUGCUCCAGUAGAUAAAAAGCAGAUUGCCUCUAAUUUGAGCAGUAACAUGAUUGUAAGAGACGAAGUUUCACAGCAAGUAAAGUUUUAUAUUUGAGGUUCUUGCUCAUUUUUUUCUGACAACUUAUUCCUGAAGUUCAACUGACUCCAGUAGAUUUUCUGUGGUAUUCAUUAUAUAUCAUUGUUGUUUAGGCUACUGUUAAGAAGCUUAUCAUAAGGAAAAAUAGAAAGGAAAACUUGAAUGACUAGAAUAUUCACUGAUUAAAAUAGAAUAAAGAGCAGCUGUCACUCCUAAACAUCAUAAGGGAUCUUAUUUCUUCUCCAUGUAGGAAAUCCCCUAAGCUCUUAUAUUUUAUCCAAUCCCCAUUUCCUGUUGUUGAUCAGGUACCAUCAUUGACGUUCAAAUGGCUUUUAGAAGUGGUAACUUUUAAUUUCCUGAUAGGUCUUAGAGUGUAUUGAAUUCUGUUUUAAUUAUUCUCUAAGUAUGUUUUCGGAUUAAACCCCUUUUAUAGAUACUGAAAGUGCCUCCUUUUGUGAUGUAAAAAACAAAUAUGGUGCAAAAGUAAUCAUAAGAUUGAAUUACAUGAAGGGUGUUUUUUUUUGUUUUGUUUUUGUUUGCUUUUUGACAUAUAAAAAUGUCAAGAGAAAGGCCAAAGAUUUGUACAUUUUCACUUAUAAAGCACUCCUUUUUCCUUAAACUUCUUUCUGUCAAAUUAGAUUUAAUGAGAGAGUACUAUUUUUAAGGAGCUGUUUAUGUAGAAUGAUUUUGUUAAGAGUAAUGUAAACUAUUGAAUAGAGGCCUGAAGAGGAGUAUGCAUUUUUGCUAUUUAAGGAAUCACAAAUGAUAAUCCUUAUGUGAACAGGAAAAAUAAAUUUCAAAUGUAGUGCUGUUUAUCUUCUCAAAACAGUUCAUUUUCGUAAGUGCAUUUGUACACUUGGAUAGAACCUGCAUUUAUUCUCACAUGCUAAGGAUGGUACUUGCAUUUGAUGAGUUACUGUUGACAGUUUCCACAGAAUCCUACUCAGUGGACCAUCAUUGUGGCAUGGCAGCAAAUGCCAACAUUUUGGGGAAUAGCAGCAAAUCUACAAGAGACCCUGGUUGGUUUGUGGGUUUAUUUGUUUUUUUCCCUUCUGAAUCAGCAGGGAUGGAAGGAGGGUAGGGAAGUUAUGAAUUAUUACUCCUUCUGGUAGUAGCUCUGAAGUGUCACAUUCAGUAUCAGUUUGUUUGUUUUAACAUGAUUCUAGUUAAUGUAGAGGAGAGAGAAAACAGGAAGCAUUCACUUUUUUAAAUACACUGAUUUAGAAAUUUGAUGUCUUAUAUCAGUAGUUUCUGAAGUAUUAAUAGCAUUCUUUAUUUCUGCCUUUAUGUUGACAGUGUUGAAGCAGGGUGAAUAACUGAGGCUUUUUCUUUUUUUUCUAGUAAGCUAUUUCAUGAUGUUUUCUUCGGAUUUUUGGAUAAGUUCAAAAAAACAUUCUGCAUGUUGUAUCUAGUCUGAUGUACUUAUCCAUCUCACUAAAAACAAAAACACAGACUGCAUUUUGUAGCUCUGUAAUCCCUAAAUACAGAAAUGAUUUUCUUCUUUCCUGACUUUGACAUUGUAGCUGUAAUGUUCUAAUUUUGAUUUUUACAAAUCCUUUGGGUCUAAUUCUGUGAGCCUACCUAUAGCACUGGAUUAAAAUGUCUGCAUCAUUUCUUUAGUUAUCCAGUUAACUUUAAAACUGUUGUAAAAGUGUAAACCAGCCCAUGACAGUUUUUUGUACAUGUUGAAGAACUUUAUUGUUCAGUUUUCAUGAUUAUUGUGUAAGGAAGACUGAUUAUAGAUGUUCUAUGCUGUCCUGGACCAUGUUAGUUACACUUACAAUGUAUUUUGGUUCCACAUCACAAUGAUUUGUCCCCAAUGACCCUUUAUCCUUUCUAGGCACAUUUUUUGUUGUUGUUGUUGUUGCAGUUUCCCUUUGCAUUGUAUUGCUUUGACAACUGUAAUUUGAAUCAGAUCUGAAAGAGGUCCAGAAUAAAAUAUAUUUUGAUAUUA